AGUUAUAGCGAGGAUUAUGGGAAACGCCAUUUUGUUAUUCUGUCGUCAGAUGCCGUGAAUCACGGAAACUGGACUGCGGACUUAAAGUAAACGACGAUUUCUUCUUCUUUAAGCAAUAAGUGACGACCCAAUAACGUGAAAAUGGGAGGGCUGACGAGUAUGCAGCGAUCUAAUGUCCAGGAACUCGACAUUAGUGCAUCUGCCGCGUACAGAUAUCCGCCCAAAACAGGCUGCUACUUUGGCAGUUACUUCAGUAUGGGCGGACAGCGGUUUGACACCCCACAACCUGAGGCGUAUCUGUUUGGGGAAAACUCUGAUCUGAAUUACCUCAGUUCAAGACCUGCCCCGUUCCCGUACCCACACCUUCAGCCCAGCGAGCCGACCAAAACCCUGAAGAGUCUAGUCAACAUCAGGAAGGAUUCCCUCAAGCUGAUCAAAGCUGUCAGGGAAGGAGAGGAGACUGAAGAUGGUCAUUAUUCCAUCGAGUUCACCUUUGAUACCGAGGCACGCACUGCCUUUACGAUUCACUUCUUUGCCCGUGAAGAGAUACAAACAGGCCAUGCCAUAUACACAGCCAGAGAUCCAACUCUGAGAUCAGAAACCUUUCACUAUGAACGCGGCUCCAGCCAGACCUUCUAUCAGCCGGCCUUCACCUUUGACCCCUCCAUAUUUGAAGAAGAUGAGUUCACUUACAUUCCAGGCAAGGACGUCAUCCCCAUCGUGAUCCAGGGCAUAGUCGAGGAAGGGGAGGAGCAUGCGGGACACAGCCACGCCCUCUUUGCGACCCUAGAACAGACCAUGGAAUCCACGUACGUGAUCAAAACACUCAAGCAGAAGCAGAUGGUGGACGGGGUCUAUUACAUGCUGCAGGAGAUCUUUGGCAUUGAGAACAAGAACUCGGGCGAGUCGGGCAAGACGGUUGAAGAGGAUGAGUUUGCGGAUGAUAUCGGAUCUGAUUGCGUCAUCUGUAUGUCUGAUGCUAGAGACACGCUCAUUCUGCCCUGCAGACAUCUCUGCCUCUGUAGCACGUGUGCUGACUCCCUGCGGUACCAAGCAAGUUGCUGUCCCAUUUGCCGUGCACCGUUCCGAGCUCUUCUUCAGAUAAGAGCCCUGAGGAAGAUUGGAACCACAGUGCCAACGCCAAACGACGACGAAGAACAUCAAGCAAACCAAGAGAAUGUUCCUAGUGGCUAUGAAGCUGUUCCACUAGGUGAGGCCCUCAAUGGUCCAAGUCCAACCAGAGCUAGUGCAGAUGGUGGUGCAGGAGAGAGGCUGCUUGGCUCUGCUUCCAGUGAAGGCAGAAGCAGGAGAGGUCGAAGGAAGGCAAGAUCUAGUUCUGCUGCUUCUCUGCGUAGCCGCACCAGCGAGGAGCAGACCACUGGCUUCCGCGAGGAGAAUGAGACUAAGAAAAGCGCCAUGGCCAACGGCAGCGUCCGUUCCCUGCCGGAAUCCAAGAAGGCAGCUAAGGCGCAGGCCGUGGUAACAUCGGGCGAUGUGGUGGAGCUGUUCCAAGAUGACAAUAAGCCAGCUAUGCCACCCCUAGCCCUCAGAGAGACUCCACCCAGCUCAGCUUCGGCAGACAGCAAGUCUGGCCGCAGCACGGCCUCCCCGCAGAGCGUUGCCCUGGAAGGGUCCCUGAUGAGCGCUGACUCGCGGCCACAGUCGGCCGGUAAGGGCUCCCUCAAGUCCAACCGGUCCAGGGAAGGAAGUCAGAAGUCUGUGGAUACGAAGACUGUGGACAGGCUGGUGGUUCAUGGUUUGCAGGAGACGGCCAUUGACGAUCCAGAGAGCAAUCCAGCCAUGGGCGUCAUGUACGACGAAACCGAAGAGCCCCAAAUGGCCGAGCUGUCGCACAACAGUGCGUCCCUCAGCUACACCAUGGAUCUGGAGUUGCCCGGUACUCCGCAGAGCAACCCCAACGAGUUGGGGAACCGGGACAGCCAGGCCAGUUACAGCAGCACGGGGAGCACGCGCCAGCUGCUGUCGACGCCCAGCAACAUACAGCUCGAAGAGACACAUGAGCAGAUGGUUUAAGGCGCCCGACUCAUCAAUCUUGCUCCAGGACUGGUUUUGUUCCACUAAAUGCAACCGGCCCCGAUCUUCCAAGCAAGGUCAAGCUGUAGUGCUGGCAGAGGGGGCUAUCAACAACAUGAAUUGAAUGCAGCCUUGGGAACGUAGGCACCCUGACCCAAGAAAUGUUGUUGAGGUAUGCUCAGAAUAUCGUGGGUCACAGUGCCAAAGUUCCCAAGACUAGCCUUGAUUCAUCAUGUUGAUAGUGCCCCUGUACCGCCGCAGCAGCUUAACUACACUUUUCAGGUGCCUGCCGCAUUUAGAGGAACAAGUCCAGUCCUGGACGAAGACUACCAUGCUAUUAUUAGAACACAGCAAAAAUAGAACAAUAGUUAAAGUCAAGUUCAUCCUGGUCUCAAGUCAAGUCACGAGCUGUUCAAAGAACAGUGGCAAAUGUAUUCUUGUUUGACUUGUGAUUUGACUUGUGGAUGAAUUACCAUGGGCUUGCACUACAAAGUGAUAUUAUCCCAAAAUCAGCAUACUGUAAUCUGGUUUAAGGCUACAGAGCUGCGUAGCACAGAAAUUUACUAAGAUCAGAACAUGUCUUACUGAGUAUUCGAUUGCACGAUCCCAUACGUUCCAAAUUCUCCAAGAUGGCUCCGAAAGUUUCCGGAAAAGGUCAGAAGGUGGCCGGAAACACUAAGGUUUUGGUUAGCACAAACAAGAAGAGGUACCGGCGUUGCAAGGAGAGCUACAGCUGUGGCUUGGGUUCGAUUCCCGGCUUGGGUCAUAUGUGAGUAGAGUUGUUAGUGGAUUCUCUCUUGUGCCAUGAGGGUUUUUCUCUGGGUUCCCCUUCUCCAGCGCGCGCUGAAUCAAGAGUUGACAUGCAUUUUGCUCGCGUACGCACAUUAUGAUGUUCUAAAAAGGACAAGUUGAGAACAGAUCUAAGAUGGCAAGUUGUCCUUUAUAGAACACCGACGCGUCUCCCCAAUACUGCUUCAAAUGACUUCGUUCUGUGGUUCUCUGCACGCUGUCCAGUCAGUAUAUAGCGAUCAGUAGGCUCAAUUUUUCAAUUAUUAUGGGGAACCACCUAAUUUGAAAAAUAUCGUCUUUUGGUUCUAAAGGAUGGUCUUAAAUUGCUGAACAUUAUUGCGGACGAUCAAACAUUCCUGUUUUUUUUUUAUUGCAUGAUAUCUCAUAGAGUGUGGUAGAAUUUGAAAUAUACAAAUAUGUUUCUAUGGAACAGCCAUAAUAUAGAGUGGAAACUGUUAUUGAAGACUUUAAAGUAUUUAAAUGUGGGCCGAAAAUGUAUUUGUCCAUUUUCGAUGUGCAUAUUGCAUUGUGUGUUUACCAGUUGUGAAUUAGUUGUUUACCAUGAUGCGUACUCUGAAAAUCCAUGUGUAUGUACAGUCGACUCUCGGUAGUACAAAAUUCUGGUUAUAACAAACAUAAAGCCUUGGUCCCGACUGUGCAUUUAUGUGCACAAUGAAUGGGACUGAUGUUCCUCUUAAUACAACUGUCUGAUAUAACAAACAAUUUGGCUAGGUCCGAACGAGUUUGUUAUAACGAGACUCGACUGUAUAUCUUUGAAUACUUGAUGGCAAACAACUGAUUUUUACACAUCACGCAGUGUGCACUAUACUUAACGAAUGAAGGACUCAGGGAUUUUCAGCCUAACGUUAUCCAAAUUAUUUAAUCUUCUAAAAAAAGAGUUUCAAAUUCAUAAUUCAAGUAAAUGCAUAUCCUGGCUCAGCGCAGACCUUAUAUUGGAAGCAAAUUUUAAAAAAUAAGCCGAACCUCAUGAAACGUCACAACAAAUCUUUUGGUAGGAAAAUGAGUUUUAUGUUCUUUAGUGUUUGCGUUUAGCAUGUGCAACUCCCUGUAAGUUUAGAUUUAAUAUUAACAUUAAUGUUCUUCACGCAUGGACAAUUAACUCAGCAACACAUGGACAUGGCUUUUCUUGGCUUGCUAGAAGCUAUAAACUAUAUUGCUGUUUUGAAGCUAAAUAAUAUAUUAUUUUGCUUACAAAUUGAUAUUAAUCUCAUGUUAAAUGUGUAUAAGACAUUACUCACAUUGCAUGCCGUGUUUUGGUCACUUAAAAAGUGGAUAAAAUGGGGAUAAAACGACGAAAUAUCCAACAAAUCGGCAAUACACGGAGAUACAGGUUUGUGUCCAAAUUCAUCUUGUUGCUAUUAUGCACACAAUUUUCUAUUUCUUUCAUAAGCACUCUCAGAGCACGUUCACUUUGUAGGCAGAAUUUGUUUUUAAAAAGAAAGCAACAAUACAAAUGUCCAUGUGCAUGCAAGUAUUUCCAUGUUUACGACUUACAAGGAAUUACGGAUCUUUUGCCGUUUGCGAAUAUUGUUUAUUUCCAAUAACACCACUACUCAAAAUCCAAAGAAGAAUGUUCAAAGCCUUAAAGUUUCAGCUAAAUGGAUGCUACCCUUUUGAGAAAACUGUGCAAAACCAUGCACAACUUUGUGAUCACAAAACACAAUUUUGUCAUUGUAACUCUUUAUUCCAAAAAUCUGUCAGUUGACUGAUUGAUGGAAAUCACCUACAUUUCUGAAUUUCUUCUAAACUCCCUAGUGUCUUU